AAAUAUGGAGCGUUUAAAAUCCCUCUUUAAAAGCACACGAGAAGUAACUGAUCUUCAAUCAAAACCAAUAGAAGAAUGGAGUGUAAAAGACUUUCAAGAAUGGUUGAGAGAACAUCAAUAUCAAAAGAAGGUUACACAGAUUUUAAAAAAGGAAGAAUGGAACGGAAAGUGUUUAAUCGAUUUUACAGAAGAAGAUUUAAAAAAGCUAGGAAUUCCAAGUGGUUCAGCUAAAGGUAUAACCAAUUCCAUCAAUCAACUCAAACAAGAACAAAUCAAAGCAGGACUUUUCCAACCAUCAAGAGCAUCCAAUGCUUCACAACGUUUAGAUAAUAAUUCCACAUCAACUACAACCUCAACAACAACAAACAAUACUGAUGAUCCAAAUAGUGCUGUUUCGAAUAAUCGUCAAUCAUCAGAAUCGAAUACUAGUACUGGUACAGCAACAACAGAUUCAACACAAAAUGGUCAUCAAGUGGUUCAAUUGUUGGACAAAUCAGAGGAGGAAGACAAUUGUGAAUCAUCAUCGGCAACAACAACUCAACAACGAUCAAAGGGAGGUACUCUUUUUAAUACAUCAUCUGGAUCUGAAAUGAAUAGUACUUCUGGAGGAUUAGCUAACGGAAGUGAAAGAUAUGUUGCUGCACCUCCAUUUCUUGUUUCCUCUCUGACAGGUGAAGAAAAGAAGGAUUAUGACAAGUGUUUAAAGAAGGUUGAAUUGGCUUGUCAAGAUUAUCCACCUUCUGUUCAAGCUACUAUUUGUCAAGAUUGUAUUUUCCCAGAUAGAUUUCAAUAUAGAUAUUUUAAUCCACUGAGAUUGUCAGAUAAAGAUAGACAAGUUAACAAAAUGAUGGAACCUUUCAUUAAAGUUAAAUUGGUCAUUACUGAAAUGGAUACUGGUAUGGCUCAUAGAUUAUUGAGAUUAAUUGGUACAAGAAUUCACAAAACUAUCAAAUCUAUGGAUUACGGAAUGUUUCACACUGCUCUCAUUGUCGGUGUGUAUUAUGUUGAGUGGGUCGAUUCUUCACUGGUGACAGUUAGAAAGAAGAGUAGUAGCAAGGCAGUUUUUGCAACAGACAUUGCAACAAUUUCAGGACAAGAAAAUGUCGAUAAUGCUUUUAAAAAUUUAUCGGAAUUGAUUUGUACAUGGAACAGAACACGUGACUAUGAUAACAAGUCAUCAAAUUGUCAACAUUUUUGUACUGAGGCAAUUGAAAAACUUGGUUUAGCGUCAGCUUUUGAUAAAAUUGCAAAUCAAGGACCACUGAAGGAAUAUCUCACAAGACUCAAAACCACAGGAGCAUGUGACAUGUCAUACAGAGUUAACGAUGAUGUUAAAGAAACAUUAUUGAAUUCUGAUAGUAUAACUCCUGAAUUGACUGAAUUCUUGAAAUCUUCUGGAAAUGCAUUAACAUUCCCUUCACACAAAAUUCUCGAUCAGUUCGUUCACAUUUUACAAGAAGAAGAUCCACUCUAUUUUGAGAAUGAACCAUUCGAUUAUGUUUUACUGAAAGCUUACGACAGAGCUUUCUGGUUAAGAAGUCAAUCAAAGGGAACCGGUGGCGUUGAUACUUCACAUUAUUGGACAAAUCCAAACACUGGUGCUUGCAUGUGUCCAUUCAACAAGAAUGCAACCAAUGUUGAAAAUGAGGAAAUUGUCAAUUCAAUCAUUGGCAAAGAUUUUGAACUUGGUUCUUAUAGACCUACUUAUCCUGUGAGAUUGGAUUAAUAUUUUGUUUCUUUCUAACUCUCUACAUGUACAAAAUAAAUUUAAAAGCAUUGUGUUC